CCUGCAGAACCUCAAAAGCAACAGACUGCCCGCGCCAGUUCAUCAACAGCAUCCACGUCGUCUGCUCCAAUGGCUGCACCCAGCGUGCCCACUUGGGAUUACGUAGUUUUCGUCGGCCUCACGGCGCUAAGCCUGGGCGCCGGCCUGUACCUGUCCCUGCGUCGACGGUCUCGCUUCCGGAGCAAAGACGAGACGUUCCUGGGAAGCCGGACAAUAGGCACACUUCCGCUGGCCGUGUCCAUGGUGGCGUCCAACGUGACGGCGUCGGGCCUGAUAGCGUUCACGGCGCACUACUACGCGUACGGCUUCCACACUCUCUGGGCCAUCCCGGUCUUCGCGCCAGCCGUGCUGAUGGUCGCCUACCUCUUCCUGCCCGUCCUGUACGAGCUGAAGAUCACCUCGGUCUUCGAGUACCUUCGUAUGCGCUAUGGAAACGGCGUUGGAGUUGCGUCAUCGGUUAUCUACUUCGUGCUAAGCCAAGCCAUAGGCGUAACUGGCCUCUACUGUGCCGCAGUUGCCAUGUCGACAGUGUUUCCGGUGUCAACGGUAGCCACGACCGUUAUAAUUGGCGUCACUGGCACCGUAUACACGGCACUGGGUGGCCUUCGCAGCGUCGUCUGGGCCGACUGCGUGCAGACCCUGAUCAUGGCGGCAUCGCCUUUUGUAAUCAUUGCCAAGAUAGCGUACGAUUCUUCCGGCCGAAGCGCGCCAGCAUCAAACCUAGAAAAACUUGAUGUCAGGGCUUACAUCUUUCGGACUGACAUCGACCUAACCACCGACGAAACUGUGUGGGCCGCCUCAGUCGCGGCUUUCCCCUAUCAGCUCCUGCGAUUGGGCCUGGAUCAAAUGAUCACGCAAAGGUUCUUGGCCGCAAGAUCCCUCCCCGAGGCUAGAAUGGUAACGUUCAUCGGCGCUGGCCUCCUUUCGUUCUUCUACGCUAUCGGUGGCCUGACAGCAUUGACCCUGGUAUUUUGGUUUCGGGACUGCGACCCAGUUCUUUCCGGAUCCAUAUCUCGCUACGAUCAGAUCGUGCCGUACUACAUAAACACAAGCGUCAGUGCGAUCGCAGGUGUGCGGGGGUUGUUCCUGGCUGGAGUCGUCAGCGCAUCGAUAAGCACGAUAUCGUCUAUUGUCAACUCCCACGCAGCCGUUCUAUAUGUGGACAUUGUUUCACCGAGCAUACGCGUCUCCGAAAAAGCGACCCCAUUCGUGGUAGCUGGCCUCGCUGCGACAAGCGGCACCGUGAUGACCCUCCUCGGCCUGGCGGUUCCUUACGCUGGAUCUGCCGCAAGGUUCUGCAUCUCGCUCUACUCAGCGGCUUCGGGACCCUUUGCCGGAAUCAUGAUUCUCGCCUUCUUGUUUCCUUGGGCAAAUGCCAGGGGCACGGCUAUGGCAGCCCUCGCUGUUUUCCUCAUUCAGACGUGGCAGACCACCGGCCGAUUCUUAUCUCGGAUCGAAGCGGUCCGGAUGAUCUACAGCGUCGAAAGUUGCCCUUUUAACUCCACUCUGCGUGAAGAACCAUCCGGCACCUUGGAAGCAUCGGAGGGGUUCCUUCUGUAUCGGCUCUCAUCGUACUGGUGCUGCCUGCUGUCGGCCUGUUCGACCGUGCUGCUCGGAUUGGUGCUCAGUCUCUUGAUCGGUGGACCCGCUGACAGCCUAAGAAAUGCCGCCAGACUCUCAACCCCCGUGAUGUUGAAGUUCUGGCAGCGGAUAGGACUACUUCAACAUUUACCAAAGGAGAAUGGCCAUGUCACCGUCAUCGAUCCGUACUUCAAAGUGCCACCUUUGGAACUGCAACACUUGCAAGAAAAAGAUGGUGACCCUUGCGUUCCUGUUGAUUCGAUGAAAGAAGGCGGCGUGAUUUACAAGUUCACUCCCCUCGGCAACGUGAUACGCAAACCUCGAAAGAAUGGCAGGCAGAAGGAUAGUGUCAGUGGCCUCCGGCCGUCAACGGGCGCAGGUGUCUGAGAAGCACCCGCAACGCUCACUGUUGUCACCUUCGGUUUCACGAGAUGUCGCAAUUGCUAAUUGUGAGAACGACACGGGAAACGGCUGGCCCUUCUCUCAGCGCCCUUUUGUACAUAUAUCUCGUGUUCACCUUCAUUGGCGGAUCCUUCCGACGUCUUACCACAGUUCAUUAAACUUUAGUGUACUUAAAUAAACGCACCUGCUGAUUUGCAUCGAAAGGACUGACAAGCCUCAACCUGGAGCCAGCGCUAUGACAGAAUCACUUGUAUCCGUCAGUGUUUCAAAUA